GGAAGGCUAUAGAGUGGGAACUCUGGGAGGUGGUGGUCCGGAAUCUAGGCGACGGGGCGAGACGGGGCGAGACGGGGCCGGUAGGUGGCAGGAGGGGGCCGGGCCGGAGCCGGCGGGAGGGCCAGGCCCCGAGGCCCCCGCCCUGGCUAGCCCGCCCCGGCCGCGGAGAAGAAAACGGAGGAUGAUCUCCAGAUACGCUCGGAAGGCCGUGCCACAGAGCGUAGAGCUCCCUGGUGGAAGCUGUCUCUUGUCCUUGGGUCACCAGCUGAGAGUGUGCUAAGACUGUCUUUGGGGCUGUUACUACAUGAAUUGAGGACGUGGAUCUCCAGAAGCCCUUACUGUUCCCACAGUGCUUCUGGCCCCACUGAAGACAAUAGAUGAAUGUUACAAUAAAGUUGAACGCGUCUAGUUCCAAUCACUAUGCAAAAGCUGUUUGCUUGAAUGCUUUAGCAAAACCAGGAGACCGACUUUGCACAUCCCACAGAUAAGGAUCACAGGAAAGGAAUAACAAAGCACGCGCUUAACCGUCAUCCCCUUCCAGAGCAACUGGAUGACAUUUCCUCUACCAAUGGCAGCCACGAAAAAGAUACGAGUUCUCAAAGUGAGUCUGACAUCACCCAAGAAUCACCUUUUACAUCAACCGACACCGGGAAUUCUCAUUCUGCUUUUCCAAGCUAUGCAGGCACAGGGAUGUCUACAGAAGGCAGCUCUGACUUCUCUUGGGGAUAUGGAACUUGACCAAAAUGCCACUGAGAAGGUGCAGGCAAUGUUCACAGCCAUCGAUGAGCUCCUGUAUGAGCAGAAGCUGAGUGUGCACACACAGAGUCUGCAGAGAGAGUGCCAGCAGUGGGCAUCCAGCUUUCCUCACCUCAGGAUUCUAGGUAGGCAGAUGAUCACUCCGAGUGAAGGCUAUGGACUGUACCCUAGAUCACCUUCUGCUGUGUCAGCUUCACAUGAUGCAACCUUGUCUCAAGAGAGAGACUCUACCAUAUUUGGUAUAAGGGGAAAGAAGUUACAUUUUUCAUCUUAUGCUCAUAAAGUAUCUCCCACCACCAAACCCUCUGGCUUGUGUGCUGUGGAAGGGGAAGAAGUGGACUGUAUAAUUUUUUCUGAAGGAAUAAUCGAGGAGUACCUAGCUUUCGACCACACAGAUAUGGAAGAGGGAUUUCCUGGAAACAAAUCAGAAGCAGCUACAGAGAAACAGAAAUUAGGGUACCCUCCCAUUGCUCCAUUUUACUGCAUGAAAGAGGAUGUCCUUGCUUAUGUUUUUGACAACGUGUGGAGCAAGGUUGUGGGCUGUAUGGAGCAGUUGACACGUAGUCACUGGGAGGGAUUUGCUUCUGAUGAUGAGAGUAACGUUGAAAUUACCAGACUGAAUUCAGGAAGUCCCUGUGUGCUGAACGAACAGCAUCCUUUGGUCUUACCUCGAGUGCCACAGUCCAGGGUGCUGUCCAUCACCUCAAAUCCGAUGAGUUUCUGUCAAGCAAGUGGUCAGCAGCCAAACGUGAAUGGCCUCUUGGUUCACGGGAUGCCUCUACAGCCAAGGAACCUCUCCCUGAUGGAUAAGCUCCUAGAUCUUGAUGACAAGCUACUUAUGAGGCCUGGCUCCAGUUCCAUCCUUUCAAACCGAAAUUGGCCAAACCGAGCCCUGGAGCUUAGCACAUCAUCUUUGUCAUAUACAGCACAGUCCGCCAGGAGACGCAACCCCCCACCCCGUACCCUUCACCCGAUCAGCACAAGUCACUCACGCGCCGGGACACCAUGGCCUGCAGAAGAAAUCCUCAGAGGAUCCCGAGUUCCAGUGACUGCAGACACACUCUCUUCUCCCUCGCCAAUGCCCCUGGGUCGGAACAAUCUGCUGCCACCUAUUGGAACAGCUGAAGUGGAACAUCUGAGCACCGUGGGGCCACAACGGCCGACAAAACCCCAUGGCGACUGCAGCCGAGCUCGAAGUGCAGUGGUGGACGAGCCCAACCAGCAGCCCCAAGAGAGGCUCCUUUUACCUGUCUUCUCUAGACCCAACACAACUCAGUCAUUUUUGGUCCUCAGUCACAUGGGUCUACAAAACCUCAAAGCAGAGGUGGACCCAUCUCUAGAAGCAGGCAGUGACCAUAGAGGUAAGAACCUGCAAGGCUGCAGCAGACUGCAAUCACAUGGAGGGUUUCAUGCACCAGUGCUCAGGCACCAAAUGAUGCAAAGCUCCCACAAACAGCAGCUUGGUCCACCUUCAAGAGUUAUCUCGGUACAACUUGUCUGAGAAACACUAGAGUAUCUGCCAAAGACUGCGUGGGCAACUGUUCUAUGUCCAAUUACUGUCUCCUUUCAGCUCUUCCACUGGUCAGUAAAGACUGUGACAAUGAAAACCACCUCAAAUCACUGCUCAUGUUGUCUAUAACCAAUCACCAGUUCGAUUCUUGUACAAUUCAGCGAGAUUACAUACACACAGAUGAUUCAGAUCACUGGCUUCAGAAUAUUUCUGCUUAUAUUAAUUUCUGAAGAACUUCACUGUUUUAACAUAUUUUUAGAAGAAAGUGCUGCCAAAAAUCUGAGAUACUCAUCAAAUAAAUGUCAUUCCUAAACUUUAA